UUACACGUGCAAACGAACAAUAACGGUUCAAGUUGAAAUGCACCAUUACGCGCCGUUAACCUCCGUCUUCAACGCCGCUUCCCUCUUCCGACCUUACGGAGGCGCCGUGGUGCACCGUAAUGUACGGAUCCACCCCGCAACCGUCCGAUUCAGAUCGGACCGCUUUCAGGAAAGCCGAGAAGAAAUACAAGCUCUACAAGACCACCGCUCCCAAGUCCAGGAGAAAGCAACCUUCCGAAGUAGAUUUAACGGAGGUUUACGAUUUCAAAUCCGUUCUCGAAUCCUUCAAACAGGAACGGAAAAACCCGCCAGGAAUCUCCGAACUCCGUUGCGGUCUCGAUCGCCCCGUUUUCUGCUUCGAAGAUCGUCCAGGGUUUUAUUUUAUUCCAGGAGCAUUGAGUAUUGAGGAACAGUGCCACUGGGUUAGGGAGAGCUUGACAAGCUUUCCUCAACCUUCCAACAGAACAAAUCAUAAUGCAAUCUAUGGACCUAUCCAUGACCUAUUUGAUGCAGUUCAAAACAAGAAAGUUUUGGUCGAAGUGGGGAGUAGAAUCGCAGAUACAGAACUUGGAGUACAUUCAAGUGAAGGCAACUUAGAUGCUUGUAGAUGGAAGUUUUGUGAGGAGAAUGUCAGCAUACCUAAAGGGGAUUCUUGCAAUUCAAUCGCAGCAUCCGUUCUUUUGCGGAAGCUGCGUUGGAGUACCCUUGGAUUACAAUUCGACUGGUCCAAGCGCAAUUAUGAUGUUUCUCUACCACAUAAUAAGAUCCCGGACACACUUUGCCAUCUUGCUAAGAAAAUGGCAGCAUCUGCCAUGCCAGCGGGGGAAGAAUUCCAGCCAGAAGCAGCAAUUGUGAAUUAUUUCGGUUCAGGCGAUAUGCUCGGCGGUCACCUUGAUGAUAUGGAAGCAGAUUGGAGCAAACCUAUAGUAAGCAUCAGUCUAGGCUGCAAGGCUAUUUUUCUCCUAGGAGGGAAGUCUAGAGAAGACACACCGGUGGCAAUGUUCCUCCGGAGUGGCGAUAUUGUGCUUAUGGCUGGGCAAGCAAGGGAAUGCUUUCAUGGAAUACCACGAAUAUUCACAGAUGAAGAGAACGCGGAAGUUUCUCCUCUUGCAUCCCAGUUUUCAAGCCAUGAAGAUCUAUGUUUCAAGGAAUACAUCAGGACUUCAAGGAUCAAUAUCAAUAUCAGACAAGUACAUUGAAAUGAUUCUUUCCUGAUUGCGGUUUACACCAGAACUUCCAUCAUCAAUAAUGAAUUAUCAUUAGAAAUUUAAAAUUUUGAGUUUUGGACUCAACCAUGUUAGAGAAACAAUCAACGGGGCUUUAUUUCUUCAA